AUGCGCCUGGGAAGACAAAAAGAGAAAGUUGCAACUUUCGACAAGAAUUUCGAACGUUCGACCAAGAAACUGAAGCCGCCAUCAGGCACCACAGCAAUACGAGGUGCCCCCGAACGAGGUUCGAUCAUUGCGGACAAUGCUCGCGUGCUAUACAAACAAAACUAUUCGCUCGUUCUCAACCGGGAGCUCUGCCUCUAUCCAUUGGCACUCUUGGCGGUCCUAGUCACCGUGGCAGUCCUUGUCAUGGUACUGAGGCCCAGAGAGAAAUUCAGUUUCCUCCAUGAUACGCGACUAGCAUUCGAAACGUGUACCACGCUAAGUUGCAUUCAGGAUGCAGCGUAUUUCGGCCACCUUCUGGAAUGGAAUGUAAAUCCUUGCGAUAAUUUUUACCGGUUCGUCUGCAGUCGUUGGACGAGUCAGUUUCCGGUCGCUGGAAAUAUUUAUCCGGCUUCCACGAACGACGAUUAUGUGGCUGUACUUGAAGAAAGGAUAUACUCAAUGAUCAUGAACCGGGACAAAAAGCUCGACAAGAAGACAUUGGCGAUGCGGGGCCUCGUUGACCAGUGCGUUACCGGGAACCAUACCAAAGAAAACGUUUGGAACCCCCUGCUCGAGCUCAUGGCUUCGCUAUCUCUUGAGGGGUUUCCGCUUACGCCACCGGUUCGCAAAGACUUGUCUGUCUGGAAGAUGGCGGCCAAGUUGCUUCGAAAAACAGGUGUAGCGGCGUUCUUCAGCGUUACCGUCUCGUCCCAUCCGUACAACUCUAAAGACAUUGCCUCUCUUGAGCUGCCCAAGGCUUUGUCCUCGAUCGAAGGCAUAGACAUCAGAGAUGCUAUUCAAAUGUAUUCAUCCGCCACUUUUGCCUCCCUUAAGGCCCUGAAGAAAGACUUCAUCCCACCCGUUCAUAGGCUCAACGUGGUCAGGUUCGCGACUGAACUGGAAAGGCUCUAUCAGCUCUACUCAGGCGACCGAAGCUUCCAGAUCAGCAAGCUCGCGUACAUCUCUCCAGCGAACGAGUUCCUUCGAGAGGUCUUCGACGGUGUACCUCACUCGGUCUUCAGCCAGGACUCCGAAGUGUACAUCCAGUCACCAUACUUCUUCUCCAACGUGGUUGGACUUGUUCAGAAGACUGCGCCCCACACCGUCAUGAACUUCCUUGGCGUCCGGACGAUGAUUCAAAUGUCGCCAUUUCUGCCGCAAUCCGAUUUGUUGGACGUCUACAGCAGCAUCCUCUACAGUGCACCCAGGACGUCGGUUCCACGCUGGAAGCUCUGCCUUCGCACUGUCGAAAAAGCCAUUCCAUCACUUUUCCUUCGGUCUUCGCUGGCAGAUAUCGACCUGCACGGGUCCGCAGCAAGAUUCACAGAGCUCGUAAGCGAGAUGGCGCAGGAAUUCAUCCGUGGCACGGACACCGCUGCUGUCUUUAGCGACUCUUCUAAGGCUGCCAUCCGCAGCAUAAUCAACAAUACGGAUUUCAAGGUUUUGAGUACCUCCUGGAUUAAGGACAAUGAUCGUUUUAAUGAUUAUGUUGGCGCAAUUCCUAGUUUGCGUAGCAACGGCCUGGAUUCUUACUUGGCCGCGCACGAGCACAGCUUCCUGGCUGGCCUGACCCGUAGCUCGUCGGAACGGUGGUCCCAGUCCACUUUCAGCACCAACUGUUGGAGCGAGCGUGGGCCACGAACCAUAUACAUACCGAUGCUUGUUUUCAACAUAACCCUGGCGUUCGCCAAAAAUAUCAACGCAUUUCAGCUCGCACGAGCCGGCGUCCUCAUCGGACGCUGUAUUUUUGAUAUGCUCCUCUCGGAGAUCAACUCUGCCGAUCCGUCACAGCAGUGGCUCGACGAGGACGCAAGGUCGAAGCUGGCCGCCCUCCAGCGCUGCGUCGGAGAGCCCGAAGACCUAUACCGGAUGACCCGGCUCCGCGAUGCCUGGGUGGCCCACUACGCGUACCGCCUCUUCCAGAAGACCGCCAGGAGCAAGGACAGGCCACUGCGUCUGCGAGUGGCUCCGAACAAGGACGUGGGCGCCAGGCAACUGUUCUUCGUCUACCUCGUGCUGCAGUCGUGCGAGCAGAAAGCCGAUCCGAACGAGUACGCGUCCUCUGACGACGACGCCCACUGGAACGCGGCCCUCCGUCAUGAUGGGGGCUUCCACGACGCCUUCCGUUGUGCGCCCGGGAGCACCAUGUACCCAGAGGAACAGUGUGAACUCUUCUGA